CGGUAGCCUAUGAUGGGAAGGGAGUGAGACCAUCUGCGCACUGAUCCGUGGCAUACUAAAAACAGACGACAGAAAAAUAACUACAAUCAUGACACUUAAAAUUAACAAUAAAAUAGAAUAUAUAAAUUGAUCAUGUUUUGAAAUAAGGUUUAUAAAGAGAAAGGAGUCAGAGAAUAGCUUAUAAAAAAACGUAUCCUUGUUUGGAAAUUGUGCUGGCUUGGGAGUCGUCGUCCAUGCGUCUCACUGGGUGAGGGUUUCUACAGUAGGUCUGCUAACGCCUUUUGUAUUCAGCCAUGUCCGAUCUAAAAACCCGUGGACUGCUCAAUGCCUUAUUACGCGAUGCGUGGCUCUGGAAUGCAAUGCAACAUUGUUGCGUCGCAUAACGAUAAUGUGUUCCACUUUAGAAAGCGAGUUUGUUCCAGCCAUUUUUUUUGCAGAAGCAAAUCACUUUUAUGUUUCGCAUCGCUUAUUUGGUGGGAUUAAACGCCUAAAUAAUAGUCAUCUUCCAGUUGUUUCGAGUUGUCUCGCCUAUCAUGGAAUAUAUGGAGCAGAGUGAGGAGGAGCAGAAGGAACUGGGGUAUGUGGUCCUCUGUCUGCAGGAGAAGGGCAUGGCCCCCGGGGCCUCAGUGAAGGAGCAGCUGGGUUUCCUAUGGAGGCUGUUCGAGCACAGCGAGGGACGCCUCGUCGCCGUGACCCAUGACCUGGACAGCCUACGAGCACGCCACUCUGCUGAAAUGGCCGAGGUGCAGAGGUACCUGGAGCACAUCCGUAGCCUAUCAGAGAAGAGGGAUGCCCUGGCCCAGGAGUAUGAGCAGGAGAAUGAGGUCCUCAGGGCCCAGCUGCAACGCGUGACACUCCAGCAAGACGCCCAGAUGAAUGAGGUGGCUGAGAUGUUGUACCAGGAGGGCCUGGCAGAAGUGAUCCCCAGCACCCCCAGUGAACAGGUGGCCUACCUGCUAGUGGAGAGGGCCUCCCUGCUGGAGAGACCUGAUGACCCCCAGGCCCCGCAGGCCCCCGAUGCCCAGGCAGGCACCCCCUCUGCCAGUCAUCAGGAGACUCAGUCCCAGACUCAGGGCCCCAAAGAGAGCAUGGACCAGGGGGCAUGUGGCCAGAGCCCAUGGAAGAGGCUCUUUGGACUCCGCAAGGCAGCUCAGCGCAAACAGGCUUUGACUUUUGCCUCAGUUGAGCUCAGGCCGGUGUCAGGGCUCAGUGUGGAGCGGGAGUGGGCCCGUCUAGAGAGAGACCUGGAGGAGGCGUCACGCCGCCUGGCCAUGGCCCACAGAGAGAUCCGACGUCUGACCGAUGAGCUGGAGUCAGCCCGCAUGACCCAGAGUGCCUAUGAGCCAGAGCUGCAGGGAGCCCAGGAGGAGGUAGAGCAGCUCAGACAGGAAGUAGAAAAGCUCAAGAAAUGUGACGUGGUGGAGUUGCGUAAGGCCAAGGAGCUGAAUGAUCGUCUGGACCAGGAGAUCAGAGCCCUCAGGACCAGGGUGCGCACCAUGGACGCAGAGAGAAAGGCCCUCCUAGAGAUGGUGGAGAAAAUGAAGGACUCUGGCAAUGCGACUAAGAUCCACCCAGAAGCACUGCAGCAUAACUUGGCUAAGGGAGAAGGGAUGGCCGCCCCUCAGAUGCACACUGUCUCUCUCCAGACAGAUCUAGUGCUCCUGGACCAGGACAAGACCCAUGAAAGAUACCUCCAGCAGUCCGAAAUCACGGACAAACUAAAUGAUGUGCAGCAUCAACUGCAGGGGCUGCAGGAGAAAUACGAUGAGCUGAUGAAUGUUACAAAGAAGGCAGAGGAGGACGAGGAGUAUGAGGAGCUGAAGAAGCAGAGAGAAGAGGAGGAGAAGGUUCUGGAGCUGCUGAUGGAUAAGACCGAGGAGGUGGAAGAGGAGUAUGAGGAUCUGAAGACUAAGAAAGAGGAGGUAGAAGAGGAGUAUGAGGAUCUGAAGACUAAGAAAGAGGAGGUGGAAGAGGAGUAUGAGGAUCUGAAGACUAAGAAAGAGGAGGUAGAAGAGGAGUAUGAGGAUCUGAAGACUAAGAAAGAGGAGGUGGAAGAGGAGUAUGAGAAUCUGAAGACUAAGAAAGAGGAGGUGGAAGAGGAGUAUGAGAAUCUGAAGACUAAGAAAGAGGAGGUGGAAGAGGAGUAUGAGGAUCUGAAGACUAAGAAAGGGGAGGUGGAGAGGGUGUAUGAGGAUCUGAAGAUUAAGAUGGAUGAGGAGAAGAAGGAAUAUGAACAUCUGGAGAAUAUGAGGGAGGAGCUGGAGUUGAAGCUGGAUGAAGCUCUGGGCCGGAGCAAGCAGCAGCAGCACAGUAGCCAGGCGGUGGAACUGCAGCUUAAGGUGUGUGCUGAGUUGAAGCAGGACCAGGCUAAGGUCAGCCAUCUGGAGCAGAGGGCUCUGCAGCAGGAGAGCAGGGAGCUGAGGGAGGGGCUGGCCCAGAGCAGCCAGAAAGCCCACAGUUGCAGCCAUCUGCAGGAGAAGUUGAGCGCUGAGAGGGCCAAGCUCAAAGCCAUGGAGGCAGAGAUGCAGGGUCUGCAGCAGCAGCUGAAGAGCACAGAGCACCAGCUGAACGUGGAAAGAAACCGCAACACAGAGUCUGGCCAGCAAGAGGAGGAGGCAAGGUACACGACCAUUAGGACUCAGGACAACCAGCUCCACAGGAGGCUGUGGGAGCAGAGGGAGGAGGAGCUGCAGGAGGAGGUGCGUUCCCUGCGAGAGGUGGAGGCUUCCCUGAACCGCACUAACUCAGAGCUGAGCCGCCGGUUUAAAGGCCUGCAGACACAGCUAGAUGUCCUACAGAGUCAGACAAGCACAGCCAGGCAGGAGAUUCCUGCUGAUUAUGUCAACCUGAAGGAAUGCCUGGAGGCAAGGCAGGAGGAUUGUGAGAAACUGACAGAGGAGCUCAUGGAAGUCCUCACGUGCCUGGAUUUACAGAAAAGCAAGAACGCAGAGAAGCGAUCUCAGCACAAAGCCAAAAUGCGGCGAGCCAAACAGAUUUUUUUGAAGGAGACAGGAUGUCGUGAUGAGAAGAUUCAAAGCCUUGAGAGAGACCUGGCUCUCGCCUUAACCUCAUCAGCCAGGGAGAAAGAGAUAAUAGUGAACAUGAAUGAGGAAAAUGGGAAACUGCUGGCAGAGAAGAGGGAUCUGCUCGGAAAACUGAAUGACGUGGAGGAGAAAACAAUCAACAGUGUGCUUGCUGCCACUACCACUCAAUGCAGUGUGGAUUUCCUGGAGAAGGAAAGCAAGCACUUACAGGACACCAUAGUGGAGAUGUCCGGUCUGAUACCUAAUGGAGCAACAUUGCAGCGCGCUCUAAAUAAUCUCCAUAAAGCACGCAGCGCUAAUGUACAGGAAUUGAAGAAAAUGUCUCAUUUUGAGAGCACACUGCUAACGUCUAGUCAUCUGAAAACCAGAGUUCUGCCCAGAGCAUUUGACAUGAGAAGCCAUUUGGACAACAUCUAUAGGAGCAACGCCAGUCACACAGAGGAAGCCACCUCUCCAAGUUCUUCACUCACCUCUCAACUCUCUACCCUGACCAUGCAGCCUGUGGAGACGGGCUAUCUGAACCUGACCUCAUCACCAGGGGUGUGGGACAGCAAUCUGAACCUGACCUCCCCUCUGACCAGGGCAGACCACCAUACCCACUCAGAUGCACUGAGCUCGGACAGUGACGAUGUGUGAGGACAGACAGACAGGCAGCUACAGCCAAACCUAGGACGGGAAUGCUGCAAUGAAUAAUGCCAUGACAGGACUAAUUGUUUUAUUUUUAUAUUACAUCUAUUCUAUGCAUUGUGGAUUAACAGUCUAUUAAAGUUUAUUUUGUGUCAUA